GAAGCAACAUGUCCACAAAUGGACCUCUCUUGUGUAAAUUAAUUUAUUUUAAGAUAUAAAAGGUACGCGCAUGUGAUGCAUGUGGAUUUUUUAACCAGCCCAAAGGAAGGUUAAUAUUUAACAAAAUCACAUUUGCAACUGCGGUGAUUAACAUGUGAUGAUUAUUUGGAUUUUGUAUGUGAGUAAUAAAUCGACCCAAAGGAAGUUUUAUUGUUUGACAUACUAUUAUUAUCAAUGUUUGAUUACUGCAACAAGAUAUCACUUACUAGUUAAUAUUGUUGUCCAAAGACAAGGUAUUAAUGUGGUGCUCGAUGUCUUGAGAUGGGAAUUACCUUGAUUUGAAUUGAUAUAUUGCUUUGAGACUUACGUGAGCAUGUUUUAUUGGUUGUAUUUGAAUUCAGCUAUUACUCGUGCGAAUAUUACUGCCAGCAUUUAUUCAAUUCCUAUGCUAAAUGGCACCAACUUCAAGUCAUGGCAAGAGAACCUUCUGAUAGUUCUCAGAGUUAUGGAUCUCGACCUUGCGUUAAGGAUCGAUUCUCCUACACCACUUAAUGAUCAAAGCACCUCUGAUCAAAAGAGGGAUAUGGAAAGGUGGGAGAGAUCAAAUCGCAUGUGUAUGAUGAUCAUGAAGAAAGCCAUUCCAGAAGCAUUCCGGGGCACAAUGUCUGAAAAGAUAACCACAGCUAAAGAAUUCCUUACUGACAUUGAAAAGAGAUUUGUCAAGAGCGAAAAGGCUGAAAUUGGUACGAUCUUGACAAAUUUAAUUUCAAUGCGCUACAAAGGGAACGGCAAUAUUAGGGAGUACAUCAUGGAGAUGUAUCAUCUUGCUUCUAAGUUAAAAGCACUUAAGCUGGAACUCACUGAGGACUUGCUGGUGCAUCUGGUUUUAAUAUCUCUUCCGGCACAGUUUAAUCAGUUUAAGGUGUGCUACAACUGUCAGAAAGAGACUUGGUCUCUGAAUGAGCUCAUCUCACACUGUGUCCAAGAGGAGGAAAGGCUGAAGCAAGAUAAGACAGAAAGUGCUCAUCUAACCUCAACUUCCAAGGAUAAGGGAAUGAAAAGGAAGAAGGAUAAAGAAGCUGCAACCUUGGCAAACAAAAGGAAACAACAACAGAAACAGGAUGAUCCGGAAAGCACAGGUUGUUUCUUUUGUAAAGCCACAGGACAUGUGAAGAAGAAUUGCACCAAUUAUCACGCAUGGCGUGCUAAGAAAGGGUUGCCUGAGUUGCCGAAAGCCAAGUGAUGUUGAAAGAUACAUCUAUGUGGGCGAUGGCAAG